AGAAAAUCCCCCAUCCUUCUAUCUUCAUUCUUCAUCUCCCCCAUGGCCCCAUCACAUGGCCCGCCGUGCACCACCACCCCGUCACGCCCCUACUGGCCCUGCUCCACCGCGUAGCCUCUUCCUCCCCUUCUCCCCGACAUCGGUGACCGAGUCGGACCAUCCGGCGGUGGGCACGAUGUCAUCUCGCAGAUCUGCCUGCCGCCACCGUCGCCUUCUCAACGCCACCUCGAGGUCCCCCAUGACGUGGUUGUCCCCGAUGAGCACCACCCUGACACUACCGUCCCCAACGAGCUCCUCCCCGACCGCCCCAUACUCUUCUGCACCGCCCCCGCCCCUGCUCUCCUGCCCCUCUAGCACUACGACGAGGAUAACGGCAUCCACCUCCCCGCUAGAUCAAGAUCGUGCCCACCACCUCGACUUCUCUCCAAAGAUCCUGCAAGAGAUGCUCGUCUCUGUGAUUUGCUUGUCAAGAAAUUAUGCAUAGAUUACUUCAAUACUACCCUCGGCUAGCUUGCCGUUGUGGCAGAAUAUCAGUUUCCCCUUUACACAUCCGCUCCUGCAGGUUUAGUAGUACAUGUAUAUUCCUUUAGAUGUUUCAGCCUGCACGUUAUGUCCAGAUCCAGAGCUUACAGGUCUAUCAAUUUAGAUGUUCAGCAUGCC